AGAAAAGUUCGAGUCUUGUGUUGGAUAAUGACUCAACCAAAACAAAGUUCGGAGAAAAAAUGUCAAGCUAUCCGAUCAACAUGGGGCAAAAGAUGUGACGUGCUUCUCUUUUUCAGUUCAAAACAUGAUUAUAAUUUCCCUAUUAUCGGACUCAACGUGUCUGAAGGGCGGAAUCAUUUAACCGGCAAAACAAUAGCAGCUUUUGACUAUAUUUAUAAACAUCAUUUUAACGACGCUGAUUGGUUUAUGAAAGCAGACGACGAUGCUUACGUCAUAGUUGAAAAUUUGAAAUAUUUUUUAUCUGGAAAGAAUCCAGAAGAUCUGGUGUAUUACGGUCAAGUGUUUACGCGGUACGUCAAACCGCAUGGCUAUAAUAGUGGCGGAGCGGGAUACGUAGUUAGUACAGAAGCCUUAAAACGUUUUGGCCAGCGAAAUUCAUCACUGUGUCCAACAGACGGUGCAGGAAUAUCUCGUCAUGCUAUUUCAUUCCACUACAUGAGAGCCCAUGACAUGUAUAUAAUGGAUUUCGCUUUACAUCAUUUAAAGGCACACGGAUACACCUUUCCACCAUACAGAGAGAACGAUAAUGGCGAGGAAAAAAGUCCAUAUUCUUAA